CACACCACAGCAAAUAUGAAGGCCUUUAUGUGCGUCGUCGCUUUGGCUGCCGUUGGCGUGCAUGGCGGUCUUGUUGCCUCAGUCGGUUCAUCGUCCCAAUUCCGCUCCGAGGACGGACUCGGUAACUACAAUUUCGGAUAUGAUGAAGCGCACCCCACCGGUGGUUCGUUCCGUCGUGAGUCUGGCAGUGUUGCAGGAAUCAAGGCCGGUUCCUACGGACUCCGGGACAUUGAUGGACGUGUCCGUGUUGUAAACUAUGUGGCCGAUGGAGCCGGAUUCCGCGCUGCCAUCAACACAAAUGAACCAGGAACCGCGCCCUCCCUUUCUGCUGCCGCUGCCUACAACGCCGCUCCCGUCGUCGCUAAAGCUGCUGUUGCCCCUGUUGUUGCUGCCGCAGCCACCUAUGCAACUCCCGUAGCUGCCGCCGCCGCUCCAACUGUGGCUGCCUAUGCGCACCCGGCCCCCGUUAUGGCCCCGCUUGCCGCCCCCGUCGCCGCUGCCAAGGCAACUUCAUACUCGACGGCCGUCAACCAUGGAACUGUCCAUGCCGCCCCCGUCGCCGCGGUAGCUCCCGCUGUUGCCGCCUACGCCCACCACCACGUUGCUGCUCCUGCUGUAGCCCAUUACAGCGCUGGCCCAGCUGUCACCCACUACGCCGCUGCCCCCGCUGUGGCUCACUACAUUAGUGCUCGCCAAGCUAAAGUCGUCGUCUAAAUGAAACACGUUAAAAACAAAUUAUACGUUUGAAUGAAUGGGUAUGAAAGAGACGGGGUAGAGAAAACAUGAAUAAGGAGGGACGACUGUAGGCGAUGACGAGUACGUGAGAAAUCUUUGUUUCAUCAAAAAUCAUCUAUCUAUUGUGUACGGAUUAUAAAUACGACAGGAACACUAGCCAGAACAGAGGAAAACUGCGGAUUAAAUAAUAGAAACGAUAAGCGCCAUCAGUCAUCGAAAUCAUGAAUUCGUUAUUAACUAUAACGUGUUAUAUGAUAAAAGAAAAAAUGAAUUAAAGGUAUUCUGUGUUUGAUAAGUACUUCGCUAUGGCAAGGCUACUGGACGAGCGUAGUUCACUGAAGGGGUUUUCACUUGUUGGUUGCGUUUUGUACGAGAGAAAGGACACAUGUGCCUUCUUCUCCAGCAAGGCCAAAUCAGGAAACAAGCUUGUUCUUAAAAACUAAUAAAAUCAAGAAACUAUUCUCUUGCGCGAACAGUCCAGUCCAUCGUUUAUGAAUAUGACACUGAGAUACACCGUCAAAGAUUGUUUUCCAGCCACUAGUUUGUGAUAGCUGAUAGGAUCUGCGCGUCAGAAGCAUCCACAAAAAUUUAAGAAAUUACGUCAUUAUUCAAAAAGUACGAUUAGUUUUCGAUAGAAAAGGAAGAAUUUAAUGUACCCCUACCUUUUGAAGAUCUUAAAAAUAAACCGGACCAAGAUCUGCAAUUGUUAAA